GAUCCAGCUUAUCUGGACCCACAGUGAUCCCCCUCCCCAUGUGACAAUCCAGUCGCCUCCCGCCAGGGCCAGGUCUGACCUGUCUCGACUCUCCGGCCCUGCAGGCAAGAAGCUGAUUGACAGGAAGAUGGAGGAGCUGGAGGGGCAUUUGGAGCGAGGCGAGCAGGUGUCGGGCUACCUGAGUUACCUGCUGGCCAGCGGCAGGCUGACGCCAGAGGAGGUGUACGGCAGUGUGGCGGAGCUGCUGCUGGCCGGCGUGGACACGACGUCCAACACCUUGUCCUGGGCCCUCUACCACCUGGCCAGGGCUCCAGAGAUCCAGAUCUCCCUGUACCAGGAGGUGAACAGUGUUGUGCCCAGGGAGCGAAUCCCCAGCGCCGAGGAUCUGGCCAAGAUGCCGCUGCUUCGGGCCAUUAUCAAGGAAACGCUCAGGCUGUACCCUGUGGUCCCCACCAAUGCCAGGAUCAUUGUGGAGAACGACGUGGUCCUUGGAGGCUAUCACUUCCCGAAGAACACUCUCUUCGUCCUGGCUCACUACGCGAUGGCGCACGACCAGAGCAGCUUCCCGGAGCCCGAGCGCUUCCUGCCCCAGCGCUGGCUCCGGGGCCACGGCUCGGCCCACCACCCCUUCAGCUCCAUUCCCUUCGGCUACGGGGUCCGCGGCUGCCUGGGCCGGCGCAUCGCCGAGCUAGAGAUGCACCUGGCUCUGGCCAGGAUCGCCCGGACGUUCGAGCUGCAGCCGGACCCCAAGGGCACGGAGGUGAAGUCUGUCUCCCGCAUUGUCCUAGUGCCCAACAAGCCCAUCAACCUGCAGUUCAUUGCCCGGCAGCCAGGCCCCUGAACGUCCCCUCCCUCCCGCUCCGCAUUGCUCCUCCUACGCCCUGGCCAGGGCACCGUGCGAGUCCACCCCUCGCCUGGGCCUUCCGGGCAGCACGGGUCUGCCCUGGGCCCAGCUCGCUCCCCGUCAGGCCCUGGUGAUGGCAGGUGCCCACAGGUCAGGCUGGCAGAGGUGGGGCAGCUGUGGGGUCUCAGUGUCGCUGGAAUCAGGGGGUGUUCCUGGUCCCGUCGCUCUCCAAUGUUAUGGGCUGUUGAACAGGGUCUGGGGUUCGCCUGCGUGGCACCGGGCACCCUGGCCAAUGCCCCGGGCACCUCUCACUGAUGAGCCAGGAGCAGGGGAGCAGCGGCGCCAGGCCCGGCAUGGGCAGAGUUAAGUCAGGUGUGGCUGGGAACGGGAAGGAAAAGGCCCCGGGGGUGACUCUUGGCUGGCCCCAAGGGGCUGGGAUACUCCUGACGCCGGCAGAGGCAGCUGUGGCCACUGAGUCCCUCUGCUCAGCGUGACGAAGGCCGGCGGCCUCCAGUCUCCUUUGAAGGACCCAGCUGGCAGCGAUGGGGGCCCUACCCCCCCGAUUGCUCUGUCUGCCCAUUAGGCCUAACUGCCCCACACCAAAUAUCCGGCCCCCCCAGGGUGUGUUCACCAGGCCUGAGCUCCCCCGGUCCCAGCAGGAGGCAGUUUGGGGAGACUAGUUUGGCCCAUCUCCCUUUGCCCAGCAAGGACUGAACUUGCACUGGGGGUAUGUUGGUGGGCCUGGUCAUCACCCCAGCUCCCAGGGAUGGGGCAGGGCCUCCUGCUUCUGGGUGUGGGGGGGUUCCCCUUUAACCAUGAAAGCACCGAGCCAGAGGUGCCGCUGCUCCGCUCCAAAGAGCAAACCCAGUAUCUUCCCCCUCGGUGUCAUUUGACCUCCCUGCAGCAGCAGGGACCCUCACGCCACCCCGAAGAGCAGCUUGCCCCCCUCUCCCUCACCCUAAUCUCCCCCUGCCCCAGGGGGGGGUUGCAGGGCUGGGCGGAGGGUGGGGUUGGGGGUUUGCCCCAGGCAGAAGCCCCAAUGUGCCCCCGCUGCUCUAACACUACCUAGGCCCUCCGCGACUGUCAUAAACAUACAGCUCUGGGGAGCAUAAAAUCCCCCCUUUGCCUGUAAGGGGUUCAGAAGCUCAAAUAACCUGGUUGGCCCCUGACCGAGAGGCCCAAUAAGGGGAGAAGAUACUUUCAAAGCUGGUGGUGGGGGAGGUUUUUGUUUGUGCCUCUUCGUUGUUCUCUCCCAGCAAGAGAGGGACCAGGGCAGGAAAAAUCCUCCUAAAACCCUGCCUGAAAUAAGAUCACAGAUGUUGAAGUAAGGCAAGGAAAUGUGUUACAUUAUCUUUGGCUUUAGCUUGUGAAUUUUCCCUGUGCUCAGAGGAAGGUUUAUUCCUGGUCUGUGCAACUUUAACGUUUUGCCUAGAGAGGAGCCUUCUAUGUUUUAAAUCUUAUCACCCUGUCAAAUUACCUUCCAGCCUGAUUUCACAGAGGUGCUGCUUUUACUUUUCUCUUUAUAAUAAAGUUCUGCUUUUACGAACCUG